UUCAAAGUCAUCCUCAGCUACCACACAAAUUUGAGGCUGCCUUGAGACAUACAAGACCACUGUGUCGCCACACCUCUAAUGGGGUGUCUUGUGGCACCAGUUUUAUGCAGAAUCCGAAAGUGUCAUGAUUCUAAACCUGAUCUGACCCCCCUAAACUUCAGAAAUAGCCUGCAGUCUGCUUUACUUCAGCUGGUCAUCUCUGGAAGGGACGUGUGUGAGUGAGGAGACACGCCAGGGACGGAUGAGGGCAGCUAGUGUCCAGCCCUGUGCCGGACAGGCGGCUGCACGUGUGUGCAGCACCCAGUCCUGUAAAAGCAGCGUAUGCAGAUGCGUUGGCCACUGAGAGAGGGUGGUGGAAGCCAAGGAGGGCACGUGUCUGUGAAGAACAGCAGCGUUGGGUUUGCCUCUUCAGUCUCUCCAGAGUGCGGAAAAGAGGAGGGGGUGGAGGCUGCUGAGAGAAGAAAAAAAAAAGAAAAAACAAAACCCAGCCACAACUACCAUUAGAGAUUGGCUCACCACCCGAGUGGAAGUGCUGUGGCUGCUGCCCAGAGCACACCGGAGGCACCAGCAGCUGGGGCUCAGGAAAGGUCUCUCUAGGCAGUGGCCAUGGCUUGGCCACCUCCCUACUGGCUCUGCCUGCUGGGGACCUUGGUAGGGCUCUCGGCCACCUCAGCAUCCAAGAGCUGUCCAGCCAGACAUUACCGGACUCCGGGAGGACUCUGCUGCCGGAUGUGCAAGCCCGGUACUUUCCUUGUGAAAGACUGCAGCCAGAACAGAACAGCUGCCCAGUGUGACUCGUGCCUACCGGGUAUCUCCUUCUCUGCAGACUACCACGCCCGGCGCCACUGUGAGAGCUGCAGACAUUGUAAUGCUGGUCCUCUCAUUCGCAACUGCACAGUCACUGCCAACGCCAAGUGCACCUGCUCCAAGGGCCUGGAGUGCAGGGACAAGGAAUGUAUGGAGUGUGACCCUCCUCUAAAGCCUGCGCUGGCCACACAGCCAUCGGAGGCCUCAGGCUCACACCCUCCACCCACCCACCUACCUCAUGCCCAAGUGAUGCCAGAGGCCAGGACGAUCUGGCCUGCUGCACACACCAGGCAGCCUCGUGACUCAGCUCUCUAUACCCAUUGGCCAUCCCGAAGACCCUUGUGCAGUUCCGACUGUAUCCGAAUCUUCGUGACCUUCUCCAGCAUGUUUCUUGUCUUCAUCCUGGGAGGAAUCUUGUUCUUCCAUCAAAGAAGGAAACAGGGAUCAAAUGGAGAUGACCAGGCAGAACCUGAAGAGACCUGUCCUUACAGCUGCCCGAGGGAGGAGGAGGGCAGUGCCAUCCCCAUUCAAGAAGACUACCGGAAACCUGAGCCUGUUUCCUACCCUUGAGCCAGCAUGGGGUGGGGUCCUUUCCACUGAGGCACCAUGCAGGGGGAUCUCCCCUACCACCUACCAUCGUUAUCAGAACCCUUUCCUGUGUCUAUGUGACACACCGCCCUUCUGAGACUGGUAGUGACGAGAACAGGAUCCCCAGUGUGUGGUCAGCAAUCUUGGGGAGGCCCAGGCUCUCGCUGUAAAACACAAUUAUAAAUGAAGCCCUCUGGCUGGUAAAAUUACAUGCUAAGGGUGAAAACGGCCCGCGAAGGACUGGAGAGAUGGCUCAGCGGUGAAGAGCACAUACUGUCCUUCCAGAGGACCAGAGCUUGAUUCCCAGAACCAGCAGGUGGCUCAACACCACCUGUAACUCCAGCUUCAGGGAAUCCGACACCUUCGACCUCCUCUGACACCUACAAGCGCAGAACAUUCACUCGCACAGACACGUGAUUAAAAAUAAAUUUAAAAAACUUUUGACUAGGCCACCAGCAGAAAGCCCGCAGAAGUCCUGGGGCCGGAAGGUCUCACCUGCCACGAAGGACACUAUUUGCGGACGCAUAUACUUCCUGCUCUGGUUCCAUCUUCUCUGGAAGUUGCGACACUGUCUAGGGCAAAGCAGAGACUGAGGCGUUCUCUUGGUUGACGCCCAAGCUGUAAAUAAAUUCAGUUUUCUAUUUCUAUA